CAUCGCUGAAUCUGAAGAUGCAGAUGUCAAGCUAGCUCACGAACUAUCUCCGUCGGAGAGUUCCUCUUGAAUUAACUUUCAAACCGUCUCAGAAUAUCGUUAAACAAGUCAUUUUAUUGUUCACUUAUUAAUUUAGCUGACUUUGAAUCGUCGCUCGUUAGUUUGCUCAUACUAAUUAGCAGACUACCUAGCUAGCUUAACAGUAUAAGAGUAACGUUCCCUUGCGGGACUCUUCUUCCAAUUAAGUAACUAAUAAACGUGAAUAACGUUUCUUCAAUAAUGUCUGGACCAAACGGAGAUCCAAACAUCUCGACUGACGAUGGUAUUAUCAACGACGACGAUGAUUUCGGCGAUGAAGAGUAUGAAGCCAUCAACUCCAUGCUGGAUCAGAUCAACUCCUAUCUUGAUGACCUGGAAGAACGGAAUGAUUCACUCAAUGGCAAACUGCACGAACUAAUGGAGUCAAACCGGCAAGCCCGGCUGGAGUUCAGGGCCCAACUGAACAGCCCCCAGACCCAGGAGGAGAAAUGUCCUGCAGACGGGGACUCCUCCUCCUCACCUAGCAAGGAAGACCUGAGCGAGGACAACGGGGCUGGCAAAUGAGUGACAGGAACGAAUAGAUGAGUUCAACGAAACUCAGAGGUAGAAAUAUUUAUGAAAACUGACUCAACUCUUAACCUCUGUGCAUUGGACUAGUGACCCUUGAUCUACGUCAUCCAUGCCUGUUCGACCCUUCUGUUCAAUUCACACUGCUUGAAUUUUCCCAGAUUGUCUUCAUAAAAACCUAACAUGCUGAUUAUGGUGACCUGCCCUAUGUUGAACAUACCACUGCAGGCUCUCCCAUGAGCUUCAGAAUUUGUCCUUAUGGCCAAAUAGAGGUGACUGUCAAACUUUUGUGUAGUGUGUUGAUCCAUGCAGUGUUGACAUUCAGCUUUGUAUCAGCCGUACAGUCUCUCUUACUGUUUGUAUAAUCCCAAAAACUAAAUAUGCAACAUUCCAGAUGUCUAAUUGUAUAUUGUACUAAUUGAUCUGCAGCAUGACUGUAAAUCAGCAUGGCGUUCUCGUGUCCAUUUUCAUUAACCUGUUUGGGAUUAAUAAUGCAGCCUGAAAAAUGCAGCUCGGCGAAAAACAAGUGCAAAAUUAAGUUGACAAGUGUGGGAAUUGUCAGAGAUUUUAAUAUAAAUUAAAAUGACUCCCAAACAGAAAACAAACAUCCAAAAAUACAUAAACUGGCAGCAGUUAGAAAACAUCACCUGUGUGUUCAUCUCAAUUUGUCAGUAGCUGAAUAAAAAUACAAUAAGAAACAUACAGCUUUGUCUGAAAUUGUACUGUACAUGUCCUUUCUCUCUGCCACUGCCUUCUGUUUCAGAUUGAAAAAGUACAGUUUCGAUCACGUCUUGUUCCUUCAGACAGAACAUGAUGCGAUAUUCAUUAUGUGAGUCGCCACUGGGACUGCAAGAGUUGCUACAUGUGUCAGUCUUCUGUGGCUUAAAAUAUCCUUCUCUGAUGUGGAGGAUAUGUUUCCAGAGCAGCACAUUAGUCACGAAGAACAGAAGUAAUGCUUCCUUAUUUAUGCCUUGUGGCUGCUGAAAUGCUGGAACCAAAGUGAUACAUUUGUAUGAUCUGUAUCUGUAACGUGCUGUACGUUACUGGUGCUUAAAAUCAGUUUAAAAGUCUGCAAGGAUAAUUGCUACAUUAAACGUCUACAGACACUUCAUGGUUUUCC